UCUAAUCUAACUGGUCUAAUCUUACCUGUAGUUAUACUGGUCCGAAAUAUAAAGGUCUUGCAUUGUAUAUGUCAAUAAUGUAUAUAUAAAUAUUUUAUUACAUAGAGCACUUAAAAGGACCGUUAUAUUUGUGACAUCACCCCCACCAAAAGUUUUGGUCCCCUCCCAAUUCUCAGGAUGUGAUUAUAGCCUUGGUUUUCAUGCUCAUUUUUUUUUUUAAGAAAGAUGCCCAUACUUGUGCACUUAACUAUUUACACAAUAGUGCAAAAGUCAUCAGUAAAGUAGCAAUAACUCAGCGUUUGUGGGUUUACGCUAACCGAAACGUCAGCGCUCGCUGACCGACUGACGCCAGACGCAACUGCGAGUGGGAGGAGCCUUACUUCACACGUAAUAACCUCCCGAGCGCGUAAAAAAAACGGGCAAAAAUUCAAUUCAAGCAGCUGCGACGAGAAGGAAAAAUGUCAACUCUUCUUCAUCUUGGAGUUUUGCUUCUGUUUUUAGCAGGAGCUGUGCAGUGUAAGGAGCAGAGCCUCAGCGACAACGGCCUCAUGCAGAGAGCAGACAAGCCACUGUCUUCCUGUUCAAUUUGCGAAAAAAUCCUGAAGAAAAUCUUUACCUCUAUUGGCAAUGAACUCUCAAAGGACAACAUCGAUAGGGCUCUUAAAUUAGUGUGUUGGAAAUCGCCAGGCCCGAUGAAAAAAAUUUGCAUGAGUUUUAUUAAAAAAUACAAAGCUAAGCUGGUUAACAUCCUCAAGUCUGCACGGAACCCCCACGAAGCCUGCAAACGUCUCAACCUGUGCAAAAAAGCUCCACGUGUCAGUUUUGUUUCCGUGAAAAAAUUCUAGAUGUUUCCGUUCUUUGUGCUUUUUCCAUGUAUUUAUAAUUUUUUUCUUUGCUUGUUUUUUUUUUUUUUUUGCUUUUUUCUCCCAAAAUGUCCAAACAUUUAGCCUAAUGUUAAAUCUGAUAAAUCAGCAUAAAAGCACCAAAAAAAAAAGAAAAAAAAAAGAUGGCAACAUUAUUUUAAAAAUAUUAUGUAUAAUGAAUUGAUUUCCCAAAUCUACAGUAUAUUUCUAUUCAUGUAUGACAAAAUGAAGAUCUGGAUUUGUAUGGUUGAUGUACAUGAUUAAAAACAAAAAUUUUUUUUGAGGUUUUGUGGAUUUCACAAAAAUAAAAAAAGGAGGUACAUUUUUGCAUUUUAGUAAAAAGUUGUGCAUUUGUACUAAAAAAAAAAAAAAAAAGAAUGUCAUCUGUAUAAUUUUUUUUUUAUUGCACCUGAAUAAAUCUCGUUUAUUAACUACUGUUAGCUUCUUAAGUAGAUUUUUAUUUCUUAAAUAAUUUAAUGUAUCCCUCAAGUCUACCCUUGUAUUUGUAUUAAUAUAUGAAUAAAGUAUUAUUGGCAGUAAGACCUGGUUGUUGUUUUUUUUUUAAAGAUUGAUCUAAGUGAUGAUAUAUCUUCAGAGUUUCCAUGUUGUGGGAAAAAAAUUGUAAAAUGUCAACACUUAAAACAAACCGAAUAGUUACUAAAAGGAGCCACGCAUCGUUCUGAUAUAUACCAUAUACAACAGUUUUAAUAACAAAAAAGUCAGAAAAUAUACCGUCUAUUGAUUCAUUUUGGGCUACAAUUGCCUAUAAGUCAAGAUUUUUUAAAAAUGUAUGCUCUCAUUUCUUAUCUAUUUAUCUAAUGAGCCUUAAAUCUGAACUGUUUAACAGUCUUAUUCUUUUUUUUUUUAAAGUUAUUAGAACCAUAACGCUUUUGUUUGAUCGUUUUACUCCAUGAGUUUCCACCAAAACAACAUACAGUAUUAGGUGGAAUUUGGUAUCAACUUUCAUGCACAUUGUCCACACCAUACUGUUUUUAAAAAGGUGCAAACAACCUCCAAACCUCUGCGACGUCAUUCACACCGUUAUCACGUGCGUCUUAUUAGUCCACUAAG